AUGACUUGCAAAAUACUGAGCAUAUGCCUCUUAUUUUUGGGUUUUCAACAUUGCUCCUCACGAGAAUGUGUUGAUCCACUGGUCUCCGGGCUCUAUGCCUCCUCCUUCCUGGCCUCGUCCAGAUAUAACUUUCUUUACUCUGCCAAUUUUGCCAAAUUAUAUGGCAGCAGCGGCUGGUCCCCAUCCCCCAGGGACAGACAGCCAUGGCUGCAGAUAGACCUGCACAGGAAGUAUCGACUGGUGGCCAUUGCCACCCAGGGGACCUUCAACUCAUAUGACUGGGUCUCAAAGUACACCCUGCUCUAUGGAGAUAGGCCAGACUCCUGGACGCCGUACAUCAUGAAAGGAGGAAACUCUACACUGCCUGGGAACUGGAAUUAUUAUCAGGUGAAGAGGAAUGUUUUCCAUUACGCCUUUACUGCUAAACACAUUCGUCUGCUGCCUCUGGAGUGGAACACAGAGAAUGGAGGGAAGAUCGGUGUGAGGCUGGAGCUAUUUGGCUGCCCUUAUGAUUCCUAUGUGCUACAGUACAAUGGGGAUGACUCAGUGGUCUACAUGUACCCAGGAAAAAGGUCUCGUACACUACAAGACCAUAUUGCCAUAAACUUCAAGACUCUGGAGCAGGAUGGUCUACUAUUACAUAGUGAGGGGAUUCAAGGAGACCUCUUCACCCUUGAGCUCAAGAGAGGUCGUCUUUACCUGCACAUCAGCCUAGGAAGCAGUGUAAUACACAAAGUUAAUGGUCGAACUACACUGACUGCUGGCAGCCUUCUUGAUAAUCUACACUGGCACUAUGUCACCAUCAAGCGCUAUGGUCGACAGGUGAACUUCACAGUGGACAGUCAGACAGUGUCAGCCAUCUGUAACGGAGAGUUUACACACCUGGAUCUUGAUACACAGUUAUAUGUAGGAGGUGUUAUAGAGCAAAAUUUGCCUCACUUGCCAACCACACCAAAUUUCCGGGGCUGCCUGGAGAACGUCUUCAUCAAUGGCAUCAACAUCAUUGACAAGACACAGAGAGAAGAAUCUGACAUCCGCAUCCCACGAAAGAAAAAGAUGCAUUUUGCUUGCAGGGACAUUCUGCUCAAACCAAUGACUUUUGCUGGGCCCAACAACUAUCUGCAGGUACCGGGCUUCUUCAGGAGGCCUCGUAUGUUUGUCAAGUUCAAGUUUCGGUCAUGGGACUACACAGGGUUGCUAAUGUUCACGCGAUUUGCGGAUGACCUGGGUGCCCUUGAGCUGGGGCUAAGCGAGGGACAGAUCAACGUCACUAUAUUCCAGCCUGGCAAGAAGAAACUCCAGUUUGCUGCAGGAUACAGGCUAAAUGAUGGUUACUGGCAUACAGUGGAUUUGGCAGCCAGAGACAGCCUGCUGACCCUCACAAUUGAUGAGGAGGAAGGCUCUCCCCUAAAGAUCACCAACCCUUUUACAAUUCGGACAGGAGACCGCUACUUUUUUGGAGGUUGUCCGAAAACCAAUAACACAAUAAGGAAGUGUGAGACCAAGCUGAACCGCUUCCAUGGUUGCAUGCAGCAUAUCUUCAUAGACAAUGAACAGCUUGAUAUCGAUAUUAUUCUGCAACGACAGUGGGGGCGCUAUGCUGAGUUGUUGUUGGGUACAUGUGGUAUCACUGACAGAUGUACUCCAAAUCCAUGUGAACAUGAAGGCAGAUGCAUCCAGUCCUGGGAUGACUUUAUAUGUCUGUGUGAGAAUACAGGUUAUAAAGGAGAAGUGUGUCACAUGUCGGUUUAUAAAGAGUCAUGCGAGGCCUACAGACUCAGCGGCAAGUAUUGGUCUGGAAACUACACCAUCGAUCCUGAUCUCAGUGGACCGCUGAAACCAUUUGAAGUGUACUGCAAAAUGAAGUCAUAUAAAGCUUGGACAGUGAUUAUGCAUGACCGUGUGGAUGGUACCAAGGUGAGUGGGAGUUCAAUAGACCGGCCCUAUAUAGGAGAUGUCAACUACUGGAAUGCCUCCUGGGAUGAAGUCACUGCUCUAGCCAACACUUCAAUGUACUGUGAGCAGUGGAUUGACUACUCCUGCUACAAGUCCCGUCUCCUCAACACACCCAAUGGAAGACCUUUUGGUUACUGGAUUGGCCGUAACAAUGAGAGUCACUAUUACUGGGGAGGAACAUUCAGAGAGGUCCAGAAGUGUGGCUGCGCUAUCAACCAAACCUGCACUGAUCCCAAGUUUCAAUGCAACUGUGAUGCUGACUAUAGACAAUGGUACUCCGACAAGGGCUACUUGGACUUUAGAGACCAUCUGCCUGUGAGAAAGGUAGUAGUCGGGGACACCAACAGGACCGGCUCAGAAGCACAGUUCACCGUUGGGCCCCUCCGCUGCCAUGGGGACAGAAACAUCUGGAACACCAUAGCCUUCACCAAACCCACCUACAUAACUUUCCCCACCUUCAGGCCUGGCUCCAGCGCUGACAUCUCCUUCCACUUCAAAACCUAUCGUGACCACGGCGUCUUCUUAGAGAACUCUGAUGACCAACUUCGAAACUUCAUACGGAUAGAGCUGAAUACCACCCAUAACCUCGUGUUUGUAUUUAUGGUUGGUGAUGGCAUCAUAAAUGUGACACUACGCUCCCCUGUGCCUCUCAAUGACAAUGAGUGGCACUUUGUUCAGGCUGAGAUUAAUGUGAAGCUGGCCCGCAUCAAGGUUGAUUAUCAGCCUUGGGCUGUUACGCGCUUUCCAGGUCAGACCUUUGUCACCAUGAAGUUUACACAUCCUAUCCUAGUAGGUGCAGCCAACCGCACCCUGAGACCUUUCUUGGGGUGUCUUCGAGGGUUACGGAUGAACGGUGUUCCUCUUGAUCUAGAGGGUAAAGUAAAUGAAGAACAGGGUAUAAGGAGGAACUGUACUGGACAGUGCCUCAAUGCUACCAUACCAUGCCGAAACAGUGGCCAGUGUAUUGAGGGCUAUGCUUCCUACACUUGUGACUGCAACAACACAGCUUUUGAUGGUUUCUACUGCCAUAAAGACAUCGGAGCCUACUUUGAGAUUGGCUCGUGGCUGAGAUACAACAUACGAAAGAAGCCUAUUUCAGAUGAAGCAGCAUGGGCCAACUGGAUCGACCCGCAUUACGACAACUUCAGCCUUGGUUACAAUGACACAGCAGAUGACAUAGAGUUCAGUUUCAGCACUGUUCACACGCCAGCUGUGUUGCUCUACAUCAGCUCCUUUGUCCAAGACUAUAUUGCUAUCAUCCUUAAGAAUGAUGGUAGUGUAGAUCUGAGGUAUAAGCUGGGUCUCAUAACACACAAGUACCAGCUGACUCACCGAAACCUGGCAGAUGGAUACCCCCACUACGUCAACAUAACCAGACACAACAGAACAAUCAAAACACAGGUGGAUUACAUGGAGCCCAUUGUGGAAAAAAUAACCUUAGUGGAGGACGCCAGGUUUGAUUCUCCAAAGUCAAUGUUCCUAGGGAGAGUGAUGGAGGUUGGUGAUAUUGACUAUGAGAUCCAGAGGCAUAAUGCUCCAGGCUUCAUAGGCUGCAUAUCUGGGGUGAGAUACAAUGUCUAUGCCCCUUUAAAGGCCUUCUUCCGUCCAAAUGAAACAGACCCUCCAGUAACGACACAAGGCUAUGUGUCUGAGUCCAACUGUGGGGCCUUCCCCCCUGUCCUGGGUUAUGUACCAUGGGAGGUAGACCCUUGGUUUACUGGCAUAGAGUAUUUUUAUAUCCAUGAUGACCUAGGCCUGUUUUGGAUAACGGUCAUUGUCAUCCUGGCGUUGCUGCUGCUCUUUGGAGGGCUGUACAGCAUCUAUGUCUAUGCGUAUCAGCAGAAGGGCAGCUACCGCACCAAUGAACCUAAGAACCUGGAGUCCCCCAGCAGUUCCAGGCCGCUGACGGAGACCCUGAGGCGAGAAAAAAAGAACCUCCCACAAAUUGAAGAGGAGUUCAGGAGCGACUAG